UGGGCCCCCUGAGACGUCCACUCGAGGAGACGUGAGGCCACUCGAGGAGACCCGCGGCCACUUGCAAGACGAGAAGCAGGAGGGGCGGCAGGGCGCAGCUCCUUCCCAGCGAUGUUGGAGCGUGGAUUUCUGGGUGGCCUCCUGAGCCGUGCAAUGAACCUGCAGCAGCAGAUCGCGGUGAACGCAGAGGACGAACUGUACCUGCUCCAGCACAAGAGGAUCCGGGAGACCCCGCUGUUCACGGCCGCCAAGAGCAAUGACGUGGAGGCCAUCGACAGGCUGCACAAGCAGGGCGACACGGACCUCCUGCAGCGCGGGGUGCUGGGCGAGACGGCCCUCCACGUGGCCGUGCAGUACGAGAACCUGGGCGCGGCGCUCGCCCUCCUGGACGCGGAGCCCACGCUCAUCAACGAGCCCAUGACCUCCAGCCUCUACCAAGGUCAGACGGCGCUGCACACCGCCGUGCUCAACCAGAACGUGGAGCUGGCGAAACAGCUCCUGGCACGUGGGGCAAAUGCAGUGUCGCCGCGUGCCACCGGCACCUACUUCACCGACAAACACCGCAGCCAUGCUCACUACGGCGAGUACGUGCUGUCAUUCGCCGCGAGCACGGGGAACCUGGAGAUGGUGCGACUGCUCCUGAAGCACGGGGCCAGGGUGUGUGCACAGGACUCCCAAGGCAACACGGUCCUACACACGCUGGUGCUGCAUAAGAACCGCAUCAUCGCCUGCCAGAUGUACGACUUCAUCCUGGCGAGCACACAGAGGGGCAAGGGCCAGCCUUGCCCGGAGGCGGUGCUCAACUGCAAAGGCUACACCCCCCUCAAGCUCGCUGCAGCCAAGGGCAACGUGGUGAUGUUCAGGCACCUGGUGAAGCUUCGCAGAGUGGUACAGUGGUCGGUGGGCACCGUGACGUCCACCCUGUAUGACCUCAGCGAGAUCGACUCGUGGGAGGACGAUCGCUCGGUGCUGGAGAUCAUCACCACGAGCCACAAGCGCGAGGCUCGCCAGAUCCUGGAGAUAACCCCAGUGAAGGAGCUGACCAUAAUCAAGUGGACGCAGUAUGGGCGGAGCUACUUCCGCAUGUGGACCAUGCUCUACAUGGUCUACAUCACCAGCUUCUCGCUCGCCUGCAUCUACCGGCCCCUAAUGAUGCGCACGGACAACGCCACGGAUCCACGCGACGACGUCAUCCUUGUCCAGAAACCCCUGUCCGAGAGCUACCAGACUCAGCAGGACUUUGUGCGACUCGGGGGCGAGAUCGUCAGCAUCCUCGGGGCCAUUCUCAUCCUCGUGCUGGAGAUGCUGGAUGUCAUUCGCGUCGGGGCCUCGCGAUAUUUUGGAAACAUCGUGACUGGCGGCCAUUUCCACAUGAUCCUGGUGUGCUACGCGUGCCUCGUGGGACUGCUCUUCGUCAUGAGGCUCGCGGGCGCCCAGGGGGAGUCCGUGCCCAUGUCGCUGGCGCUGGUGCUCGGCUGGUGCUACACGCUGUUCUUCGCUCAUGGCGUCGAGAUGCUGGGACCCUUCAUGGUCACCAUACAGAAGGUUCUGUUCGAGGACGUGUUCCGCGUGUGCUGGCUCAUGUUCAUGGUGCUCAUGGGCUUCACCUGCGCGUUCCAUCUGACCUUCCAGAUCCUCAUUCCCGACAACUGGAACCAGUGGCGCGACUUCUACACCGCGUGGUUCACCAUGUACCAGCUCUUCCUCGGCCUCGUCAGCCACUGGUUUAACGUCCGCCUGCACUUCUCCGACUUCAUCAAGGUGGUGUACACCUUCUACAUGCUGUUCGCGUUCGUCCUCAUGAUCAACCUCCUGAUCGCCGUGAUGCGCAGCACCUACUCGCGCAUGGCAGUGGAAAAGGAGCAGUUGUGGCACACACAGGUGGCGGCCACGACCAUCCUGCUGGAGCGGAGGCUCCCGCGCUGCCUGCGGUUCCGCGCCGGCGUGAGCGGCAAAGAGUACGGGCUGGGGGACCGCCGGUUCCUCCGGAUCGAAGAUCGGAACGAGCGCGCCAUCCACAAGGUCAAGCGCUACGCCAUGGUGUUCAGCGAGGGGCGCGGGGGCAGCGCCGAGGACAUGGCAAGCGGCGCCGAGGGAGCGGGGGGCGUCAGCGGCCACUUCACGCGCUCCUCCACCAAUCCACAGCCCCAGCAGCAGAGUCAGCAGCUGGAGCCGCCCACCAUCAUCGUCACCAGCUGCUCGUCGGGCCGCGGCUGGGAGGUCGUGCGCGAGAGCGUGUUCCCGAGCCGGCGCUCCGACUCGCAGGACCAGCGACAUGAAGUCGUCUAUCAGAUCUGACCGCCGGCCCAGCGGCGUCGUGGCCCGCUCCCUCCAAGCGGGAAAGCACCACUCGAUUGUUGGAACAGAAAUCGCCUGCCCAGAGUGCACGCUGCUGUGCAGUUGGCCUGGUCGGGCGCGUCGACCAACACCGCACGGUCGGCCCGGAGGCGUCGACAGGGGCGGUGCGAACCUCGUCCCGACCGAGGGCCGAACAGGACUUUCAGAAACCUUUAGGCGGGAAACUGCACGUGAAGGAACGCACGCCGCGGCAUCGUGCACUCGCGUAACGAGCGCGUCGGCCCGAGUACGAGGUGGCCCUUGGGAGUGACAUUAGUGACUUGAGUGCGGUGAUGGAGUGAGUGGCUCUCAAUCGCAAGGUUGCAAGUUCACAUUUUGGGUCGACUCGGCCCAUCAUCCCCACUUCCCUCCCUCCGGGGGCUUAUAAAAAUGAGCACCACUGUGUGGCGAAGUCAAUAACGGUGGUUGAACCUCUGGAUAUACUCACCCCGCCAUAGAAAUGUGGAAUUUCCACCACUGGCCUUGCAGGGCUGUUAACAGGGGAUGAAUAUCCUGAGCGAGAAACCACUUUUGACUCGAGGCUCUGAUCAGUGUGGCCCGGGGUGCGAGGCCUCUUGUGGCGUACUGCCGUAGGUCACCCCUCGUCUAUCGGUUCGAAUAAGCAGCAAAUUCAUCUUCUCCACAUGACCGUCUCUCCACGUUAAAAAAAAAAAACAUUAAAGUACUUUUUUUUUUCUGGAUUUGAAGCUUUCGUGACUGCAGGAAUCCAUACUCUUUGGUUCUUUCGGUAAAGUCACCGAGCUGGAUUAUUUUUUAAAUCCUUUAUAUUAAGUUCGCUUGCUUGCUUGCGCGCUUACGACCGUGCAAAUCUUUCGGACGUUUUUUAACCCACUUCCCGUGACCCAAUCGAGCUGACAUUUUGCACACAGACUCGUUGUGCGUGACAAUUUAUUUUCGUGAAAUUUUUUUUCCAAAAUUUUACACUUUUUAGGAAAAAAUAAAUUAUAUUUAAUUACCAAUUACUUAAUGGUGGCAGGCAAUCACCUGACCCAUAGGUGGCAGCCAUCUCAAGCCAGAGGACGAGAGGACUCUAGCCGCCACGCAUAUAAAGGAUUUAAAAACUUUGUUUUUAAAUCCUUUAUUCCGCCUGAGGACGACCGCUUGUCGUCGUGAUCUGUUAUUUUUGUUUUAUUUUUUUACCUACGUGACUUUACCGAAAGAACCAAAGAUAACUUUGUUUAUGACACAGCACACAAGCCGUCGGGCCCCGGUAGCCUUCUGCGAGUGCGUCACUUCAGCAGCACUGACUUAGAUGCAAGCAACACCCUGUGCCGGAUUCAACGCACAGUGUCUCGUAAGCAGGAGGCCCCACGCUUGCUUGCAUCAAUGCUGGCGAACUGCUGGGCCAUAUCGGCAAGGGCCCCUCUCCGUUAAAUAUGGUUUGCUGGUUCGACGCAGAAUUACGUAAUACACAGAAUAUCUAAAUAACCAGUGUCUGUCGUUGGAGUGGAGGAUACAGGGUGCGUAAAAAAAAGUUGUGAACAACACUUCUGAGAAUUUGCGACAACACCACCACCACCACAGAGACACGUGCUGCCGCCGGGCUCUGGAGGCCACCUGGAAAAGAUUCCAGGAACGAUUUGACAACGAUGGCGAGCAAGUGGAGACUCUUUCACUUUUCGAAGCAAUUAAGAUGACAUUUGUGAUCAGGUUAGAGUGUUGUAUUAUCCGUUCUCUUUCCAUUAAAAACGAUAGUCCCAUAUAAGUGUUAAAAAUAUUUGGAAGCGCCCUGUAUAAGUGACACAGUAAACCUACAGACUGGUCUAGAGCCUGAGCCGAAUUUGGGCAGAGAGAGCUGGCCAAGGAGUUGGUGGUGGUGGUGGCACCAUGCACCGAUUGCCAAAUUCCAAAAUGACACCGCAAAUGACUCGGGGGGGGGGGGGGGGGAUACACACAUCAGCGAUCACCGCCGUACACACGGUGGUGGAGCGGGAACCCCCCCCCCCCCACCGUAUGUACGUUGAACUUCUUUCACACCGUACGUAGCCAACAGCACUAAUCGGAGGCGUGGGGGGACGGACAAUAAACUAAACAAAAAGCAGUUUUAAAGAAACGAUGUUUCAGCCCGAUGCCCAUUUGCAAGCCAGACACACAUACACACACACGCAGGCACACACACGUACACACGUACACGCACACACACACGUACACACGCACACGUACACGCACAGAGAUACA